AUGGCAUCGAACAGACUAAAUGGCAGCAAUUAUGUCACGUGGAAGGAGAAGCUUGAGAUCACUAUGGCCUUACUCAAUAUUGAUUAUGCUCUCCUUAAUGAUCCUCCUGAGGUGCCUAAAGAAAAUAAUGAAAAUUAUGAAGCCCUCAAGAAGGAAUAUGACAUUAUUAAGACUAAGUGGGAUGACUCUAAUCGCAAGUGCCUUAUGAUGAUAAAGGGCUCCAUUACACAGAGUAUGAGGGGAGCCCUUCCUGAUUGUGAGACAGCAAAAGGGUACUUUGCAAAAAUUGAGCAUCAAUUUAAAGGGUCUUCUAAAGUUUAUGUAACAAGUCUUAUCGGAAGGCUAAUUGAUGAAAAAUAUGAUCCCACUGGAAGUCUUCGAGAGCAUAUUAUGAAAAAGUGCAACAUGGCCGCCAAACUAAAGUCAAUGGAGAUGGAAAUCUCUAAUGGUUUCCUCGUCCAUUUUAUUAUGUCAUCUUUGCCUCCCCAAUUUGAUCCAUUUAUGAUCAACUAUAAUGCGAUGGAUGUUAAAUGGGAGAUUGAUGAAAUGAUGGCGCGAUGUGUGCAAGAAGAAGAAAGGCUUAAGGUCUGA